GUCGUGGAACGUAGAGCACAAAGCAAUAACUUGGAACGAGAAAGAUGUUCGUCUGCGGGUUCUUCACGAAAGCAAUAGAGAAAGGAACUGUAUUGAACCAAGAUAUUCAUGGCGUGUAAUUCGAAUCACAAUAUCGAAUCAACUUUCACUAGUGCAAAGAACUUGCAGUAGCCACCAUUCAAGGGCUAGAAGUUGCCCUGAGAGCUGGGCUGCAUUGUUGUGCGCGGUAGAAUGAGACCAAAAAUGCCGAAGACAUUCGUUCUGGUUCUUUUAGUAAUCGCGAAUGUGAUGUUGAAUUUUCAGAUGGUGCAUGGAGUUACGCAUUCCCAAGCCUGUGUCGACUAUCGACGUUUCAACAUCGAUGGUCUGCAGGAGCUGUUCCAGACCGGCACGAAAGUCGUGCGCGGAAGGGACUGGAUGUGGGAAGACCAGGACGGGAACUCUGUCGGCAUCAUCACGCAGGGCCUGGGCGUCUUCUGCCAAUACGGCUGGGUGCAGGUGGCGUGGCCAAACAGUGAGCCGCCCAGAAGCUACCGAGCCGGCAAGUGCGGAAAGUACGACUUGUGCCGUCUGGUCGAUAUCAACGAAUGUCGACCAGAGAUUUGUCAGAAUGCUGGAACGUGUGAGGACACGGACAGAGGCUUCAUCUGCCGGUGCAUGCAAGGCUACACGGGGAAUUUCUGCGAAAGUCGCGUUAACUUGUGCACAGACGUGGUGUGUUGGAACGGUGGGAUGUGCCUUGACGAAGUCUACAGCUAUAGAUGCCAGUGUCAGCGUGGAUAUAGCGGUCAAUUCUGCGAAUCAGAUAUUGACGAUUGCUUCCCAUCGCCGUGUGGUUUGAAUUCGCGCUGCGUGGACGGCAUCAACAACUUCACAUGUAUUUGCCCGGCUGGAUUUACGGGGCGCUACUGUACCGAACACAUCGACUACUGCGAAUAUGGCCUGUGUCAAAACGGAGGCACGUGCGAAGACUUCGGUGAUCGUUUUAUGUGCUACUGUCCUGAAGGCUACGCUGGAAUAGUGUGCCAACGAGAUAUCGACGACUGUAAGGGUGUGUCGUGUGAGAACGGAGGAACGUGCAUCGAUCUGGUCAAUCACUUCCGCUGCCAAUGUCCACCAGGGUACACGGGGCCUCAUUGUGAACGAAAUAUCGAUGAAUGCACGAGCCGGACUCAUGAUUGCCAUGGCGACGCCGUGUGCAUGGAUACGUGGGGAUCUUACACGUGUCAUUGCAAACCAGGCUAUACUGGGUGCGGACGAGCAUGCACACUCAGCCACUAUUUCUGCCCUGUCUUCCAUCUUGAUUACAUUGGAAGUACCACGCCAGCAUGGCCUUUGGGAACGCUGGACGCUGUCGUUCACGUCACGUGCGCGGACGGCUAUGAACUGGUCAAGGGCUCCAGCAGCACAUUUACGUACACCUGUACCGAGGUCAACGGUGUGGGAUUUUGGCAAGGCGAUGCUCGAUGCAUAAACAUUGAUGAUUGCCUGUACAUCAACUGUAAGAAUGGUGGGACAUGCGUUGAUCAAGUGAACGCAUUCUUCUGCGAAUGUCUGCCGGCCUUCACGGGAACAUACUGCGAACGAGAAAUCGAGGAGUGUGCCAGUCAGCCGUAUCGCUACGGCGGAUCGUGCGCGGACAACUUGGACGGCUACCUGUGUGAGAGCAACACAGGGUUUGGUGAAGGAAUCUGUAAUUUCGGACCACCACUUAUGGAUCCAAACAUACCAUUUGAGGAUCCCAUGGCCCCAGAACUACCACCACCUCUACCAAAUCCUCCACUUCCACCAUUUGGUCCACUUCCACCACCACACAUUCACACAACCCCCGUACUACCUCCUCCAAUGCUUCCCGAGCUACCACCCCUCAUUUUACCCGAACCACCACCCCCAGUUUCACCGGAAUUGCCGCCACCUCCGCCCCCAAUUGUAUAUGAAUUCCCACCCCCAGUCCUACCAGAAAUGCCACCAAACCCGCCAGAUUAUCCACAUCCAAAUCCACCAGAUAUGCCACACGGCCAUCCACAUCCACACGGCCAUCCACAUCCACACGGCCAUCCACAUUCACAUCCAAAUCCGCCACCUGUCAUGUAUCCUCCGCCGGGUGCGACGUCACCUCCCGUCAUAACGGUGGUGGAAGUUGAGCGGGGCACGGGCUGGAUACACUGGGGAAUGGCUGUGAUCGGCACGGAUAAUCAAGCCACCUUGCUUCUGGCCUUGGUCUUGCUGUUCUUGGUCGAUCUCAUCAUCGUUCUCAUUAUCUACUUGUUUCUACAACGCCAGAAAGCUACGAUCGCGGUUGAAGAACCACGAGAUGUGCUGGAAAUUGUUCCCGAGACACAAGACGCCGUCAUGCAAAGUGAGUUUGACUUGAGAAUGACCCGAGAUGAUCGCAUAUUUCUUGCUGGCGGGACCACACGCAGUUUGUCAGUCAACUCUUCAUCAUCGUCUGAAUCAUCUCCGGAGCGUGACAUGACAUCACUCGAGUCUGGCGUAGUAGGUGUCGAGGACAUCACGGGAAAACGUGUAGAUUUCGUCGAAUAUGAGGAUCCCAACGAUUAUAGUGAAUCAGCAAUUAUGUAAGCAAACUUCCAAGAUUGAACACGAGCGAGAAUCGCCCCCUGCCUACUGAACCAAACUGAUCUCGGGCAUCGGUUGUGUGGCACAUCUACUAACCCAAACUUCACCACCAGCAAGCACUAUCUGCACUAAAAACACCAUGCCAAUUGAAUUCAAACUAACCGAAUGAAAAAUGCAGGAGGGACUAUACUGUCAUACCCACGCAAACGUAUUGCAGCCCACGCACUAUGAAUCCAAUUAUUUCGAAGCCUGCAAGAACUGUUAUUCACCAGUGUCUAGUUUCAACCACCACUAGCGCGGAGCAAGCUGUCAACAACUCCCCCUCCCUAUGUGUCCCAAUGCAAUUACCAUUAUUAAUUUUGUAGAAUCUGAUUGCAGUCUUUCUCCUUAUGCUGGUAUAUGCUUUGUGGAUAGACGGAGACCAAGAAGUUAGUAUUGAUUUGGAUUGUGCGCAAUGACCUUCGCAUGGGAGCAUGAACCGCAUACUUGCUUUGUUGGUGCGGUAAUGAAUGUAAUAGGGCCGGGUUGUGUGGUCCAUACGGGUGUGUUCGAUUUAGACAAUCUACAUGUACGUAUCCUGAUGGUUCUGGUUGGGUAGGUUUGAGGGAUGAUAGUGACCCUCAAUUAGAAUAAGUGAAUCUUGAAGACAUGAUGGUCUAUUAGAUAAGGUUUUCUUGGCCCACAUAUUUGUACUUCUUUGAAGUAUCUCCAAUAGCAAUUGUCCGUUGAAUGGUUGUCAGGCCAUAAAACUCCGAUUAGCCCUUACUUCCUCGGUUCACGUCUUGUGUACUUAUAUAUCUCCACUACAGCAGUACAGGCAUUGAGCAUUCUGCAUACUAGAAGGGCACACUGCCCCUGUGUAUCUCCAAUACUAAAUUUAAUAAUGGCAGCCG